AUGUCCCUUCUUGACAAAUUCAUCCUUUUCGGUGACUCAAUCACCCAAUAUGCUAGUGAUCAAUCAGGUUUUGCAUUGGCUCCAGCCUUGCAACAUCUUUACCAGAGAAAAUUAGACAUAAUUACCCGUGGAUUCUCAGGCUACAAUACCAACAGUGGCCUUAUUGUACUUCGUGAGCUUCUCAAGGCCGACCUGGCUUCAUCUGGCUCCAUCAAGUUGAUGUACAUCUUCAUGGGCACCAACGACGCAGCCACUACGUUCCAACACGUUCCUUUGGCCCAAUACAAAGAGAAUUUGGACAAAAUGGCGAAAAUGGUGCUUGACAAAGGUAUCAAGCUCAUAAUUGUGGGUCCUGGUUUGCAUGAUCAGGCACUCAGUACAAUUGCCAGAGGUGAUGGCGAUGUCACGCCUCCAUUCUCAAGCUCUAAGGAGACGAGGAUCUACGCAGAUACGGCUGCUUCAGUUGCUCACGAAAAUAGCGUUCCUUUCAUUGAUUUGUGGACGCUUUUCCAGAAUUACGGUAAAUGGACCACGGAGGAACUUUUAGAAGGCAGUCCAGACUUACAUGAGCUCUUAGUUGAUGGCAUCCACUUCUCUCCCAAGGCCUAUGAGCUCCUCUACGAGGAAUUGGUUGCGACAAUCAGUGCCACGUACCCUGAAUUGCUGCCUGACAACUUGCCUUCCGUGUUUCCUAAUUACGAUGAGCUUGACUAUGACAAUCUUGAGAAGUCUAUCAUGGAUUCAAUCAAAAAGUAA